AUGACUGUUGGAUGCCUACUGCAGCCCCCUUUCCUGGGGAGGACUUGGCUCCCUAUGCUGCUUCUGGCAGCCUCUGCUCACUGCCACUGGCCCAGCGAGCCAGCAGAAGUGGUUCGGGACUGGGAAAACCAGCUGGAGGCCUCCAUGCACUCGGUGCUGUCGGACCUGCGGGAGCCUGUGCCGGCUGUGGUGGGCAUCCCGGACAGCUCUGCUGUGGUGGGGCGCUUCUUCAGAGUCUCCAUCCCCACGGAUUUAAUUGCUUCCAAUGGAGAAAUCGUCCAGAUCUCUGAAGCUGGGAAGGACUCCUUGCCUUCUUGGUUACACUGGAAUGUGGAGAGCAGCUCCCUGGAAGGGCUGCCCCUUGACACAGACAAGGGCGUCCACUACAUCUCAGUGACCACGCUGCAGCCCUUCCCAAAUGGGAGCUAUGUGCCACAGACCACAAACGUCUUCUCUGUUGAGGUGCACCAAGAGGAUCACAGCGAGCCUCAGUCAGUGCGAGCGGCCAUCCAGGAGGCAGGCGACGCAGCGCCCUUCGUGUGCAGCUCAGAAGAGCCGGUCACCAUCCUGACUGUUAUUCUGGAUGCUGACCUAACAAAAAUGACACCAAAGCAGAGGAUUGAACUCUUAAACAGAAUGAGAAGCUUCUCGGAGGUGGAACUUCAUAACAUGAAGUUGGUUCCUGUUGUAAAUAACAGACUCUUUGACAUGUCAGCCUUCAUGGCUGGACCGGGAAAUGCAAAGAAGGUGGUGGAAAAUGGAGCCUUACUCUCAUGGAAACUGGGAUGUUCUCUGAGCCAAAACAGUGUCCCAAACAUCAGCAAGGUGGAGGCUCCAGCUAAGGAAGGAACCAUGUCUGCCCGUCUUGGCUACCCUGUUGUUGGCUGGCACAUUGCUAACAAGAAACCUCAUCUCCCAAAGAGGAUGCGACGGCAGAUCAAUGCCACCCCAACUCCUUUGACGGCCAUUGGGCCACCCACCACUGCGGCACAGGAACCACCAACCAGGAUUGUCCCUACCCCGACAUCACCUGCCAUCGCACCUCCCACGGAAACAACAGCUCCACCUGUCCGGGAGCCCAUACCACUGCCAAGGAAGCCAACAGUCACCAUCAGAACAAGGGGCCCCAUCGUCCAGACGCCCACACUGGGACCAAUCCAGCCAACCAAGGUAGCAGAAGGUACCGGCACAGCCUCUGUGCCCAUUCGCCCCACGAUGCCCGGGUACAUAGAGCCCACCACAGUGAUCACACCACCCACAACUACCACCAAGAAACCCAGAGUCUCCACGCUGAAGCCAGCCACACCAUCCACAACAGAUUCUUCCACAGCGACAACACGAAGGCCUACUCGAAGACCCAAAACACCCCGUCCAACGAAGCCUCCCAGCACCACCAGAUCCCCCAUCUCCAAGCUGACCACAGCCUCCCCUCCAGGCCGAGUACGCACCACAGCUAGUGGGCUGCCUCGGCCCUGGGAGCCAAACGAGCCACCGAAGCUGACAAACCACAUCGACCGGGUCGAUGCAUGGGAGGGCACCUACUUUGAGGUGAAGAUACCAUCAGAUACCUUCUAUGACAAGGAGGAUACCACCACAGACAAGCUGCAGCUGACUUUGAAGCUGAAGGAACAGCAGAUGAUAGAGGAGAAUUCAUGGGUGCAGUUCAACAGCACCAGCCAGCUGAUGUACGGCAUGCCAGACCACAACCACAUUGGGAAGCACGAGUACUUCAUGUACGCCACCGACAAAGGGGGGCUCUUUGCUGUAGAUGCUUUUGAAAUCCAUGUCCACAAACGCCCACACGGGGACAAGUCUCCAGUGAAGUUCAAGGCCAGGCUGGAAGGCGACCAUGAUGCGGUGGUGAACGACAUCAACAAGAAGAUCAUGCUGGUGAAGAAGCUGGCUCUGGCCUUUGGUGACAGGAACAGCAGCACCAUCACAGUGCAGAACAUAGCCAGAGGUUCCAUCGUCGUGGAGUGGACAAACAACACGCUGCCCCUGGAGCCCUGCCCCCGGGAGCAGAUACGGACUUUGAGCAAAAAAAUUGCAGAUGACUCUGGUGGGCCAAGCCCAGCUUUCUCCAAUGUCUUGCAGCCUGAGUUCAAGCCUCUGAACGUGUCAGUGGUUGGCUCCGGCAGCUGCAGGCACAUCCAGUUCAUCCCUGUGACAAAAGACAGGGUGAUCUCAGAGGCCACGCCAACGGUGGCAGCAGGCAAAGAUCCCGAGAAGAGCAGCGAGGAUGAUGUGUACCUGCACACUGUCAUCCCUGCCGUGGUGGUGGCCGCCAUCCUCCUCGUGGCUGGCAUCAUUGCCAUGAUCUGCUACCGCAAAAAGAGGAAAGGGAAGCUGACCAUUGAGGAUCAGGCCACCUUCAUCAAGAAGGGUGUACCCAUCAUCUUCGCCGAUGAGCUGGAUGACUCCAAGCCUCCACCGUCCUCCAGCAUGCCCCUCAUCCUCCAGGAGGAGAAAGCCCCACUGCCCCCACCGGAGUACCCCAACCAGAGCAUGCCGGAGACCACGCCACUCAACCAGGACACCAUCGGGGAGUACACGCCACUGCGGGACGAGGACCCCAACGCGCCACCCUACCAGCCUCCCCCUCCCUUCACAGCACCCAUGGAGGGGAAAGGCUCCCGUCCGAAGAACAUGACCCCAUACAGGUCCCCGCCGCCCUACGUCCCUCCUUAA